AUGACAAAAGUUUUCUUAGUUUCUUCAGCGGAAAAUGUAAACAAAUGCAUUGGAAAACAUCAAAUAUCAUUGGGAACUUUCUUCAAUUAUCAAAUACUGGGACAAAUAUACGAACCAUUUGAAUUGAAAAAUUUCAAUUAUUCAGCUGACACAACAAUUCUGGAAAAUAAUGGCAAUACAAUAGUUGUGACCAUGAAGUACAAUCAAGAUAAUGUACCAACCAUUAACUUUCAUUCCCCAGUGGUACCGGGUACAUAUCGUUUUGAAUUUUUCUAUUUCCAAUGGUUCGAAAAUACUACAACAAAAUUUCCCGUUGAAUUGCAUGCAGUAUUUUAUAAUACAAAACUUAAGAAUCUACAGGAGGCAAUGGGUCUACGAAAUAAUAUAGUGAUUUUAGCUUUUGAACUAAUGAUUGCUAGUAACGUAAAUAAUACACAAUAUGCUGGAUUACGGGGAUAUCUAGAAAAAGUUAAAAUUGCUAAAUCAAAAAUUAAUCUCAAAGAUUCGCCCCUUAAAUUAUGGAUGCCGGAUUAUAUGAAAGAUUAUAUCUUAUAUGAAGGUUUCCCUACUUUCUUCAAUUGUAAAACACAAGUUUUAUUUGUGGAUUUUAUGGAAGGCAUUGAGCUUGAAGCGGAACUAAUUAAAGAAUUUCAAAAUUUACAAUCAUAUGAUGGAACUCCGCUAAUGAAUCAAUUUGAAACAUUCCUUAAACCCAAUGGACCAUUCGUGGUUAAUUAUGGUGAAUCUAACAGUGAAGGCUUUAAAAUUAAAGGCAUACCAUUUGUAAUCGAUGAUGUUGGCUCCAAUGGCUCUACUUUUCAAAGAUUUGUACUGUUACCACAAAGUCAUCUAUCAAACACCAAACAGCCGGCUUCACACGAUCACACAAAGAAUGGUUUUGCUCCCUAG